UUUCCUGAAGUCAUUGUCUAUGAAGGUAUCUUUACAUUUCCUGUAGUCAUUGUCUAUGAAGGUAUCUUUACAUUUCCUGUAGUCAUUGUCUAUGAAGGUAACUUUACAUUUCCUGUAGUCAUUGUCUAUGAAGGUAUCUUUACAUUUCCUGUAGUCAUUGUCUAUGAAGGUAUCUACAUUUCCUGUAGUCAUUGUCUAUGAAGGUAUCUUUACAUUUCCUGUAGUCAUUGUCUAUGAAGGUAUCUUUACAUUUCCUGUAGUCAUUGUUAAUGAAGGUAUCUUUACAUUUCCUGUAGUCAUUGUCUAUGAAGGUAUCUUUACAUUUCCUGUAGUCAUUGUUAAUGAAGGUAUCUUUACAUUUCCUGUAGUCAUUGUCUAUGAAGGUAUCUUUACAUUUCCUGUAGUCAUUGUUAAUGAAGGUAUCUUUACAUUUCCUGUAGUCAUUGUCUAUGAAGGUAUCUUUACAUUUCCUGUAGUCAUUGUUAAUGAAGGUAUCUUUACAUUUCCUGUAGUCAUUGUCUAUGAAGGUAUCUUUACAUUUCCUGUAGUCAUUGUUAAUGAAGGUAUCUUUACAUUUCCUGUAGUCAUUGUCUAUGAAGGUAACUUUACAUUUCCUGUAGUCAUUGUCUAUGAAGGUAUCUUUACAUUUCCUGUAGUCAUUGUCUAUGAAGGUAUCUUUACAUUUCCUGUAGUCAUUGUCUAUGAAGGUAUCUUUACAUUUCCUGUAGUCAUUGUCUAUGAAGGUAUCUUUACAUUUCCUGUAGUCAUUGUCUAUGAAGGUAUCUUUACAUUUCCUGUAGUCAUUGUCUAUGAAGGUAACUUUACAUUUCCUGAAGUCAUUGUCUAUGAAGGUAUCUUUACAUUUCCUGUAGUCAUUGUCUAUGAAGGUAUCUUUACAUUUCCUGUAGUCAUUGUCUAUGGAGGUAUCUUUACAUUUCCUGAAGUCAUUGUCUAUGAAGGUAACUUUACAUUUCCUGAAGUCAUUGUCUAUGAAGGUAUCUUUACAUUUCCUGUAGUCAUUGUCUAUGAAGGUAUCUUUACAUUUCCUGUAGUCAUUGUCUAUGAAGGUAACUUUACAUUUCCAACUGAGGACUCUUCCCACCACUGGUGUGUCUGUGUGAUCUCAUAGGGAUCAGCACGUUGGGCCUCUACAGAAUAGGAG